GUUCCCCGCCCCGCCCCCGUCUCCGCCGCGGCCUCCGCCUCCCUCUGCUGGGCGAUUGCCGCCGUCGCCCCUCCCCGGCCCCGGGAGCGGCCGCGGAGCCGCCGCCGCCGCCCACACUGCGCUGCGCGGGAGGCGGGAUCCACAAGAAAUAAACCAGAAUGAGUUAUGCAGAAAAGCCUGAUGAAAUCACGAAAGAUGAGUGGAUGGAAAAGCUCAACAACCUACACGUCCAGCGGGCGGACAUGAAUCGCCUCAUCAUGAACUACUUGGUCACUGAAGGCUUUAAGGAAGCAGCGGAGAAGUUUCGCAUGGAAUCUGGAAUUGAACCCAGCGUGGAUCUGGAAACUCUUGAUGAGCGAAUCAAGAUUCGGGAGAUGAUUCUGAAGGGUCAGAUUCAGGAGGCCAUUGCAUUGAUCAACAGCCUCCAUCCAGAACUCUUGGACACAAACCGGUACCUUUACUUUCAUUUGCAGCAACAGCAUCUAAUUGAGCUGAUCCGCCAGCGAGAGACUGAGGCAGCACUAGAGUUUGCCCAGACGCAGCUGGCAGAGCAGGGUGAGGAGAGCAGAGAGUGCCUCACAGAGAUGGAGCGAACACUAGCCCUGUUGGCCUUCGAUAGCCCCGAGGAAUCACCCUUCGGAGACCUUCUCCACAUGAUGCAGAGGCAAAAGGUUUGGAGCGAAGUUAACCAAGCUGUUCUAGAUUAUGAAAAUCGCGAGUCGACACCCAAGCUGGCAAAAUUACUGAAACUGCUACUGUGGGCUCAGAAUGAGCUGGACCAGAAGAAAGUGAAGUAUCCCAAAAUGACAGACCUUAGCAAAGGGGUGAUCGAGGAGCCCAAGUAGAGCCUGUGCAGGCCCACCGCGCCACUCCCCACAGGACUCGCCUUCCCUGGCACAGCUGUAAGGUUCCCACUGCAGUAGGAAGCUUUUCCCCCUGGUACUUUUUUUUUUUUUUGACUCAGCAUCUUUCUUAAAAGGAAAACAGCUCUUUUAAAUGUUGGAAGCCCCUCGGUGAAGGGUGCCAUCUGGGAAAGCUGUCCAGCUGUGCACUGGUGUGUCCUGAGGACCUCAGCGCCUUGUGUCCCUGUCGGGGUGCUCUUGUGCCUGGCUGCCAUCGGGGCUGGGUUCCUAGGGCUGCUGGGUCGACCCCGGCCUCCCUUUGAGGGGCAUGAAGAGCACCCGUCACUCUUGCUUUCUGCUGGCUUGUAGGCAGACAAUGCCUUUGUUAAUUUUCCUAAGUCUUGUCAGGCCUUCAUCUUCAAGUUUUUCCUCACCCAUGUUUUUCAUUUUUUUUUUUUUUUUCCCUUCUCUAGGAAACAAUAUAUAAAUUUGUAAAUCCUAAUUCAAAGAUGACUUUCGUGUGAGGGUAUUGAGUUGGAUUUGUUUUUCUCUUUUAGUCUGGGUUAUGUGGCUUUCGGGGAGACGUGUGUAAGGGGUGGAGCUGUGUGCAUUUUAAUUUUUUUAUAUAUAUAUUUUGGUGCUGUAUGUGAUGAGAGACGAAUCAGUGAACCAUCUCUUGUAGGCAGUUUUGUUGAAAAUAAAGGUUUCUCUUUGAUUUCAAUAAUGACCAGAAUGGCCACUGAAAAACACUUGUCCUUUCAGCCAGCCUCUUGCUGGCACUCACUUCCCUGUGCUUAAGUGUGAGGCAGCCCUGGUGCUAUGGGGAUAGGCCUCAGCAGGGUGCCCAAGGCUCUCUGUGGAAGUGCUGCUGCUGUCACGACUGUGUGUCCAGACUGUGUCCAUCAUGUGACACGUGUGCAGGUCGGCCCUCGGUAAUGGGCAUGUGCACACACGAGUGCAGACAUGAAACCUCUGGUUGCAGAGGGGCCUCUAGGGCCGUGCCAAAAGCCAGUGUUGGGGGUGGUCUCAGCAAGUCUGGCGGGCCAUGGAGAUGAUGCAGGAACUAUCCAGGGGUGGGAGUACUCACUUGCCUACAGGGACUGAGACUCUGCUGAGUCUCAUCAGUCCCUUGGCUGAGUCCUGAUGCUGGAGUAGAGUGUUCAGGGGCCUAGGGCCCCCAGGAGAGUGGUGUAUUCUGCUUGUUCCAAGCAGCACUAGGCAUCUGGACCAGCAAGGUCCGACUGGGGAGCAGGCGCCAGCUUGCCAGUGCUGGCCAGUCAGGUGAUCCCCUGCUGGGGGGCUGCUCUGCACAUCUUUCUCCUCCACCUUCAGCCUGGCAAGGUGUUCUCAGCCUCUCUACUUCUGUUUUCACUGGGUAGAAGCUUUUACCUAGAUGGUUGGUGAGUGAGUCAAAACAGUAGAGCUGUUGGCAGCCAUGAUGGAGCCACCGUGGCCCCCAGACUGCCCCUUCCGCUGUGUUGGUUUGGGAGGUGGAGGGAGGGGAGGUCUGCCCCGGCCUCGUAGUCACAGUGAGUUGUCUUCAGGUUGUCUUUAGAACUUUCCUUCCUUAGUUUUGAAAAUGAAAAUAAGAGGGGAAGGGAGCUUUAAUCUUCAGGUACUAAUAGGUUGGACGUAGCAGAAGGUGGGGAGAGGUAGAAAUAAAACUGCAUAUUUGGAAAAGCCCUAGAUGACCAGCACAUGAUCAACUGUCCUUUCUCAGUAUAGAUGAGAUCGCUUCCGUGGACAGUGUUUGCGCGAUCUGGCACAUGUGUGAAGUGUCGUCAGGUGGUGACAAGACGAGACGAUGGUGUUUUAUUUGCCCAUUCUGUCAGAGCAGCUUCAGCAGCCAUUGCUGCUCUCUCCAGGGCUGGGAUGUCAGAGUGCAGGACUUCAGGUGUCCUGCCUUCUGCCAGCGCCCUGGAGAACCCCUCAGGGCUGCUUUGCUCUUAGUCUCUGCAGCAAGCAAGUGAAGUUAGACUGCUCUGGGAUGAUGGACGCCCAGUAUACUUUGGCUUUUCUACUUUGUUUCAUCUGGAGCCCACUGAUGUGUUCAUUAAGAUGUAGUGUUAUAGCUGGCACUGUGGCACGUGCCCAUAAUCCCAAGAACAUGGGAGGCUGGGGGAGGAGGAUGAGUGGCUUGGUGAGAUCCUGUCUUGAAAUGAAAGUUAAUAGAAAAAGUGCUGGGGUGUAGCUCUGUGGCAGGGUGCUUGCCCAGGAUGCAUAAGCUCUUGUGUUGGAUUCCCUGUGCUGGAAGGAAAAAAAAUGAAUUUCAACUGUUUCACAAAGUAGUUAUUUCUUCUUUUUAUGCCUUCUAAUGGGAAGUGCCUUGAAAUAAAGGAAACUUUGAUAAUA